CUUCAGGCCAAGACACAAAUCCAAGCUGCAGACCUGCCAAAUUACAUUGCUGGAUCAAUAUAAUGCAGUCGUGCGCCGUCACUACUACUCUCUCCUCUCUGUAAGGGUUCCAGCUUGCGAUCGAUCAGUUUGCCUUCUGCUGAUGAUCAUUUCCAUUGCCAACAUGAUUUGCUUUUAAGAGUUCAUAGCCGCUAGCAUCGGUGAACCAAAUCAACUUGCCUCAGCUCAUCAAGCUCGAUCCAGAUAAGAAGAUGGCCAUUGUCUGGCGGAGCCUUGCGCUAUCACUCCUCGCGGCUUUCUUCGCCGUCCUGCACCGUGCGGCCUCCGCCGCACCGGCUGCUCUGUCGCCGGAUACGGCGUCCUUCCUCCGCUGCCUCGCCGUCGACCUCCCCCCGCAGGUCCUCCACACGAACGCGUCCCCGUCGUACACGUCCGUCCUCGAGUCCUCCAUCAAGAACCUGCUGUUCGUGGCGCCGGCGACCCCAACGCCGGUCGCCAUCGUCGCGGCGGCUGGCGCCUCCCACGUCCAGGCCGCCGUGCGCUGCGGCGCGCGCCACGGCGUCCGCGUGCGCCCGCGGAGCGGCGGCCACGACUACGAGGGCCUGUCCUACCGCGCCCUGAGCGCGGCGCGCCCCUUCGCCGUUGUCGACCUGGCCGCGCUCCGCGCCGUCCGCGUCGACGCCGGGCGCCGGACGGCGUGGGUCGGCUCCGGCGCGACGCUCGGCGAGCUCUACUACGCGAUCGCCAACCGCAGCGCGCGCCUCGGGUUCCCCGGCGGGGUCGGCCCGACGGUGGGCGUCGGCGGCCACCUCAGCGGGGGCGGCUUCGGGCUCCUGCUGCGGAAGCACGGCCUCGCCGCGGACCACGUGGUCGACGCCGUCAUCGUCGACGCCGAGGGGAGGCUCCUGGACCGGGUCGCCAUGGGGGAGGACCUCUUCUGGGCCAUCCGGGGCGGCGGCGGCGGGAGCUUCGGCGUCGUGCUGCGCUGGAAGCUGCGGCUGGUGCGCGUGCCGGCGACCGUCGCGGUGUUCACCGUCCACCGCGCCAGGAACCAGUCCGCGACCGCGCUCCUCGCCCGGUGGCAGCGCGUGGCGCCGGCGCUGCCCCGCGACGUCUUCCUCCGCGCCGUGCUCCAGAACCAGGACGCGCAGUUCGAGUCCCUCUACCUCGGCCCGUGCGCCGGCCUCGUCGCAGCGAUGGCCGCGAGAUUCCCGGAGCUCGGCGUGACACCGCGGGACUGCGUCGAGAUGGCGUGGAUCGAGUCGGUGCUCUACUUCGCCUUCUACGGCGCGGGGAAGCCGAGGGAGCAGCUCCUGGACCGGGGCGCCGGGCCGGAGCGCUACUUCAAGGCCAAGUCGGACUACGUGAGCGCGCCCGUGCCGAGCCACGCGUGGGAGAGCGCGUGGCGCUGGCUCCGCAGGGACGGCGCCGGGCUGCUCAUCCUGGACCCCUACGGCGGCAGGAUGGCCGGCGUGUCGCCGUCGGCGACGCCGUUCCCGCACCGGCGGGAGCUAUUCAACCUCCAGUACUACGGGUUCUGGUUCGAGAACGGGACGGGGGUGGCGGAGAAGCAUGUGGGGUGGGUCAGGGGGGUGCACCGGGAGAUGGAGCCGUACGUGAGCAGGAAUCCCAGGGGCGCGUACGUCAACUACAGGGACUUGGACCUCGGCGUGAACGGUGACGACGACGACGGUGGCGAGGGUGGCUACGAGAAGGCGAGAGCUUGGGGGGAGGCGUACUUCAAGGCGAACUUCGAGAGGCUUGCCGCGGUAAAGGCUAAGGUGGAUCCCCAUGACUUCUUCAGGAACGAGCAGAGCACUCCUCCGCUUCCGUCGUCCCGGAAAGGCUUGUUGUAGAAAGGCAACUAUUGAGUUCAUUAUAUAGGACUCUAGAUUUGUUUUUUUUAGCUGGUGUCGGGGAACGAUUGCUGCCACCCUAGAUGUGCAAUGCAAGUUUGAGUCAGACCGGUCCGGCAAAGCAUAAAAAAAUAUAUUAUA